GCGGGUGCGUCUCGGGGAGGCAAAAGUUAGCGCGUUCAGGGCUGCAUGUCGCUUUUUGCUCUUCCUCCCUUCCCUCCUCUCCCCGCCGGGUAUUUUUUGUCGCUUCGGGCAGGGAUAUCCCUUCCUUUUCCUUCCAACUCCGAGGCUCGUUUCCAGGGACAGGUCUAUCGAUCUUGUUGCGAUCUCUUUCUUUUUUUGUUUUUGUUUUUGUGUGCGUGUUUUUUUUUUUUUAAUUUUUUUCAUUAACGAGCGUUUCAACACGCAGGAGCUUUAACCCUUCCCACCUCGCCGGGCAAGGUGCUCCAGCGCUGCAAAAGCUCGUGUGCAAGCAGCGAUCUGGGUUGGGGCGGGGGUCUCCCCGUACCGUUUCUGUGCUUGGGGGGGCUGCCGUCGCCCCUGGCAGGGUUACAAGUCUACCUGUUCCCCAUCCCCCCCAAAUCUUCCUCUCUCUCAUUUGCCCUUGUAGAGCUACUCCUCGGUGAGCAACAUGAACGCGGGGCUGGGCAUGAACAGCAUGAACACGUACAUGACCAUGUCGGCCAUGAGCACCACGGCCAACAUGACGGCUGCCACCUCCAUGAACAUGUCCUACGCCAACACGGGCAUGAGCCCCUCGCUCACUGGCAUGUCCCCGGGCACGGGCGCCAUGCCUGGCAUGGGCUCGGCCGGUGUGGCAGGAAUGGGCACCCACCUGAGCCCCAGCAUGAGCCCCAUGGGGGGCCAAGCCGGCUCCAUGAACGCCCUGGCCCCUUACACCAACAUGAACUCUAUGAGCCCCAUCUACGGGCAGUCCAACCUUAACCGCUCUCGGGACCCGAAGACCUACCGGCGGAGCUACACGCAUGCCAAGCCGCCCUACUCCUACAUCUCCCUCAUCACCAUGGCCAUCCAGCAGUCACCCAACAAAAUGCUAACGCUGAGCGAGAUCUACCAGUGGAUCAUGGACCUCUUCCCCUUCUACCGUCAGAACCAGCAACGCUGGCAGAACAGCAUCCGCCACUCGCUCUCCUUCAAUGACUGCUUCCUCAAGGUGCCCCGCUCCCCAGAUAAGCCAGGUAAAGGCUCCUUCUGGACACUGCACCCUGACUCAGGCAACAUGUUUGAGAACGGCUGCUACCUGCGCCGCCAGAAGCGCUUCAAGUGUGAGAAGCAGCUGGCCGCCCAGGACAGCGGUGGGGCGGGUGCGGGUCCCCCUGCCAGCAGCUCGCCGUGCCAGGACCACAAGCGUGCCCUGGCUGACUUGAAGGGCACGACAGGGCUGAGCCCCGGGGAGCCAGCAGCCUCUCCAGGGCAGCACCUCCUGGCCCCCCAACACGCUGGCCUGCCCCAUGAUGCCCAUCUCAAGCCUGAGCACCACUACGCCUUCAACCACCCCUUUUCCAUCAACAACCUGAUGUCCUCCUCUGAGCAGCAGCAUCACCACCCUCACCACCACCACCACCACCACCACAAAAUGGACCUCAAGGCCUACGAGCAGGUGAUGCACUACUCGGGCUACGCCUCACCCAUGCCUGGCAGCCUGGCCAUGGGACCUGUAACGAACAAAAAUGGCUUAGAGUCCUCCCCUUUAGCCGGAGAGACUUCUUAUUACCAAGGUGUGUAUUCCCGGCCCAUCAUGAACUCCUCCUAAAGGGGCAAGGGAAAAACCUCCCCUCACAAGGGGAGAAAAAACACCCCACCCCAGCCCCUGCGCAGUCCCCUAGCAGAGGGAUGGACUAUGAACGCUGUUGAGCACGGUGCAUAUACAUAUAUAUCUAUCUAUUUUUUUUUGGUUGGCUCCAGAUGUUUGCAUCUGUUUGGGAAACAACUGAUGUGUGUCAUGCAAGCAUCUCGACCCACGCCAAAGGCAGGCGUGUUGGUCCCCGCCGGCCAAAAGCCACCCAUGUCCCGGGGGACCGUGAUUCCCUUGGUUUACUUUGUGGGGUGGUU